UAAUCCACUGCCAUUACAUCCCCACGUCGCUUCACCCGACACCACCACAACGUGUAUAACUACCAUUCCAUCUUCCCCAACUAACCCCCGCACAAGUUCAACGCCCUCUGUCUCUCGCCACACGACACCCAAGCACAGUCGCAAAACUCUCUCUGCAAUGUCGGACUCCCCGCCGUCGCUGACCACCAUCAACUCCCUCUCCACCGACCUCAUCGACCUCAUCCUCUCCCUCCUCCCCGUCCCCUCCCUCCUCCGCGCCUCCUCCGUCUGCAGGCUCUGGCGCUCCAUCGUCUCCUCCUCCGGUUCUCACCCCAAUGCUUCUCCCUGGUUCUUCCUCUACGGCAUCCACAACACCUCCCCCCGCAACAACCAGUCCUUCGCCUUCGACCCCCUCUCCGAUUCCUGGUUCCGCCUCCCCAUCCACACCCACCGCGACGAUCCUUGCUUUUCCUUCAUCGCCUCCUCCGGCUUCCUCUUCACUACCACCCCGACCUUCUCCUUCACCCGCGUCUUCCGCAACUCCUGGCGCGCCACGUCCCCCCUCCAUUUCUCCCGGAUCAACCCCCUCCUCGCCGUCUUCGGCGACGACCCCGGCCCCGGGUUGAGAUUCGUCGUGGUCGGGGGCGACGGGUUUAUCGGUAAUUUAGUCGACAUCGAGGAUCGCUUGGCGGUCGAGAUUUACGAUCCCCGGUCGGACCGUUGGGACCUUUGCCCUCCCUUGCCGGCGGACUUCCGCCCAGGGAACUCGUCGCAGUCCCUGUCGUCAGCACUCUUCCGGGGUAGGUUUUAUGUAUUUGGGAUCUACUCUUGCUUUGUGUCGUGCUUUGACCUGCGCAAUCGGGUCUGGAGCGAUGUGCAGACUCUGAGGCCGCCCGGGGUCCUGUUUUCUUUCUUAAUCGCGUGCCGGGAACGGCUGGUUCUGGCUGGUAUGUGUGUUGGGCCGAGCGGGCCGUCGUUUAACUUGUGGCAGAUUGAUGAGACGACGAUGGAGUUCAGGGAAAUUGCGAUCAUGCCUUCAAAUUUGCUCAAUGGGCUGGUCGACAGCGAGGAGGAAGAUAAAUUUGCGAGCUUGAAAUGUGUUGGAUCGGGUGAUAUGAUUUACGUGUUUAGUGAGGAGUAUCAUAAGAAGUACCCUGCUUGUGUCUGUGAGAUUGGUAGUGAUUAUGGAAGGUGUAGCUGGAGGAGGCUACCGGAUUUGCCAUCACCUGUGAAUAAGUUCCACAAGGUCAUCAGCUUUUGUUCUGUCGUUUCGAUUCAUACAGUUCUUCAUGGCGAAGCCGAUGAAGCUGCCUGACUGACUCAUCUCAUGGGUGUGCGUCGUGCCAGGGCUCUCUUUGCCUGUUUCCUAAUGGCAGGUGUAUGAGCAUAUGUGCAAGCUGAUAUGUUUAUAAUUGUUUCAUUCUACAUUGUAAUGAUGUCAUAGUUUGAAUCUGUUACACCAGAAAUUCUUUGCGCAUGUUUAUCUUCUAUACUAGAAUGUAUUCGAUCUUUCUGAUAGAAAGAAAUAGGAAUAAUGACUGCACAACCUUCCUUUGCCAGUAAGCUUCGCUUGCUUCA